UUGAACCUUCAUCGCAACUGACAUCGAUGCGCCCGGAAUUGCUGCAGCAUGUCGUUGCCAACGAAGGAGGAGGAGGACAGCAGCCCCCGCAGAGGAUUUGGACGAUGGCUUUCAGACAUCGCCAGCGCUGGCCGCGAAGUGAAGCGCGUGGCGCGGGAAACGCGCGAUGCCAUGGUCUUGCUGCGGCACACGGCGAAGCAUGGCGAACAGCAGGUUUCCCGACCUGCACUACAUCAUGCAAUUCAGGUAGAGGUGCUCUCUGCCACGGACUUGUCAUUUGUCAAAUCCCUUCCAGUGCCUUAUUGUGUGGUGGUGACUGGAUAUCCUGACCAGCCCUGGGGGAAGAAAUGCGAUGGCCGGGAGUACAAGACCUCUCCGGCCCUGCGAGAACGCCAUCCGCGGUGGAACGCGCUGUGCCACGUGGCCUUUCCACCGGACCAGGUCUCUGUUUCGCGCGUGGAAUUUGGCAAAGCCACUGAGGCGCCGCCAGUGGAACUCUGCGUGCGCGUCAUGGACGCCGGGGGCCUCCGUGGUGAUCGGAUGGCUGGGGAGGCGCGGGUGCGGCUGGGCCAGGCCAGCCAUGGGGCCGGCACCUAUCGGUUGAUGGGCGGUGGAUACGCCACGUUGUCGGUGCGGUGGUCCAUCCCCGACAAGAACACGGGGCCGAGCACCAAGACCCCGGAGGAAGAAGCAUUUGAACGUGCGGCAAACUUUUGGGCGAUGAGAGAUCUCAGCAGUUCUGAGGGGAUCACUCAUGCGCAGCUGGAACUUGCAGCCAUUCUGGCAACAGAACCAGUUCAUGAAACUGAGUUCAAGGAGGACGCAAUGCGGCCGCACAUCAAUGAACUGAUUCUCCAAGCCCCAUUGUCGGCACUUUUGCUAAAUGAUCUGGAUCCAAAAGAGAUCCAGGGAGCGGAAGUGCAAAGCCCAGGCAGCCAUUCGUUGAUGACGGUGCUGUCGGAACAUCUCGAUCUCCUGACCCCUCUGGCAGGGAGCCGCCUCGUAGGCGCCUUGGUGGAGAAGCUGCCGAGUUUCCGUGGAUCAAUGCCUUUGGAAGAUCCAAACUUCUUGCUGGUGCAGCGCUGUGGGGAAGCAUGGGAGGACUUCCUGUGCAAAGUCUUCCUGCACUUCCAGGGCUCCAAGCUCAUCGAGCUGAAGCGCCUCAUCGAUGCUGCCGGAGGCGGCCGGGAUCUGCGACACUGCGUGUAUUCGGUGAUCACCAGCGAGGUUCGCCGUGCCGCUGUGCUAAAGCAUUUCUCGGAGGAGGCAGAGAAGCUGCAGGACUUUCCGCUGCACAUUCUGUCGGACAUAGACCAGACCGUGUUCAUUGGCACCUUUGGGGCAGGUGGGCCAAAGUUUCCCGUGGGUCCGGUGCCAGGGGCUUUGCCUCUCUUUCGAGCCUUGGGUGCACGUGUGACCUUUCUCUCGGCGAGACCGCCAAUCUGGGAGGGACAGACGAGGCGCCUGCUGGACGAUAUUGGCAUUGCCGAAGCGGUGGUCUUGCCGGGCUCCCUGAAGGCGGUGGCGCAGGUGCUCUUUGCGCCCGAGCAGGCGAAGCAGGCCAUGGCGGAGCGGAAGACCGAGGUCUUUGGGCAGUUUGCCACGCUGCACCCGGAGGCGCAGUUCAUCUUCUUUGGAGACAGCGGUGAGGGCGACAUUGACUUCGCCGAGGAGUUCAUGGCGGCGUCGCGGGCGAGUUCGCGCACAUCCGGCCACCCGCCGCGGGCGGCGUUGAUCCAUGACGUGUCCAGGGCAGAUGGUAUCAUGCCCAAAAGCAAUGCCACCAGCCGAAGUGAGUUGCGGAUGAGAGGGAUCCAUGUCUUCGACACCUAUGCUGGUGCCGCUCUGGAACUCUUCAUGCUGGGCCUUUUGGAUGCCGAAGGUCUGCGCAGUGCCGCGCACGGCGACCUGGAGGAGUUUGGGGAGAUCAACGUGGUGGACUUCGCAUCCAGCGAGGUUUUUGAGACGCGCCGCAUGGAGCUUUUGCGUGACAUCCGAGAAGUGAACUCGGCCAUUCGCGCUGCAGAGCUGCGGAAGAGGUCCGACUCAAAGGCUUCAUCCAGUGGAGCAAAUGCUUACCCUUCCAGUCAGGA